UAGAUGAAGAUGGCGGACGAAUUAGACCUCAGUGAACUAGACAGAGUACGGAUUUCUGCUGCGGAGCUUCGAGUUGAAGCGUCGAGUUUCGUCAACCACGGCGAUGUCCACAGAGAGGAGCAAGGAGAGGAGGGGCGUGGCGAAUGUCAGCAGCAGAGUAACCACGGCAACGACGCAUCAAAAAAAAACGAUCUGCAAUGCUACACGUCCAAGGCCAUCCAUGGCAACCGUCACCACGACAGCAAGGAAGGCGAAGAGUUGACCUCCCCUCGUCACCCUGUAACCAUGACCUCUGACCCUGAGGAGGAGCUGGUGAUGUCAACACCGCCACAGGAGGAGGAAGAAGGACACAAGAUGGCCGCCACUGAGAUGGUUUCAACGGAACCUGGAUGUACAGAUGGAGAGAUGGGGACAGAAGGAGAAGAUAAAUAUGGAGGAGGGGGUAGUCAUGGUAGGGGAGGUUUUACUUUUAACCGCGAAGGCUCUCGAGCAUCUGCACAACAGAGGACUCAAAGAGGUGACCACCACACCAAUAGAGUCGACAACAACAACAGUAGCAGUGCAGGGGGGCCAUCGUGCUCAGGCAACGGACCACAGAGCUCCAUACAGAGGGAUGGAGGGAGAGAGAAGGACCAGAGAGAUGGAGGGAGAGAGAACGACCAGAGAGAUGGAGGGAGAGAGAACGACCAGAGAGAUGGAGGGACAGAAAAGGACCAGAGAGAUGGAGGGAGAGAGAAGGACCAGAGAGAUGGAGAGAAGGACCAGAGAGAUGGAGGGAGAGAGAUCAACCCAGACCUCCCGGAGCCAGCAGGGGGUUCCCCUGGCUCUGCCAAGCCCACCAGGAAGACUCGUAAACCGGACCGGGAGAUCUAUCAGCCGGGGGGCCGAAGGAGCACCACCAGCACCCAGGGGAAGGAAGUGGGAAGAGAGACGAAGAAACCGAAUACCCCUGGUCCUGGGUCUGGUUCUGUUAGAGAGGAGGCUGUAGUCAGGAGAGAGCCAGCCCCACAAAAAGAGACUGGAGGAGAGAGAGGGGGAGGGGAGGAGAAGGGGAAAGGUGGCAGGUGUGAGGAGAAGGAGAGAAGGCAGGGGAGGAGAGAGACAGGCAAAGCGGCAGCAGCAGUCUCAGACCCUGUAUCAGAGAACCUGACUGGGAAGAUGGAGAAACUCAGUGUGACUGUCCCAGCCGGGAGAGAGGAGGAGGAUGAGAGAGGAGGAGGAGAGAAAGGAGAGGGUCAGGAAGUAGACAGGAGGAAGAAGGCUAGCGUUGAGGGCAGGAGGAGCAGAGGAGUUGAGGGAGGAGGUGAGAAGACAGAGGAGAAGAAGAGAGAGAGGGGAAACCACAGGAACAGAGGAGGAGGAGGGGAGAAGGGGGGCAAUCAGGACUCCAAGAGAAGAGGAAGAGGGGAAGGAGGAGGGGGGAAGGGUGAGCGAGUGAUUAAAGAGAGAAAUAAGAGAGAGUCAGAGGGGGACAAAGAGGGGGAAGCAAACCGUCCUGCAGAUACACAGCCAACAAAAGGAAGAGAAAAACAGAGGGAUAAAGAGACGGAAAGAGAGGAACCGAGGGACAGGGACAAGCAGAGAGGGAACAACAGACCCCGAGACAUAGACAGAGAAAGAGAGGAACCGAGGGACAGGGAGAUGGAGAGGGACAAGCAGAGAGGGAACAACAGACCCCGAGACAUAGACAGAGAAAGAGAGGAACCGAGGGACAGGGACAAGCAGAGAGGGAACAACAGACCCCGAGACAUAGACAGAGAAAGGGAUGGAGAGAUGGAGAGAAACAGAGAGAGGCCAGCGGAGGGGAACGAGAGGAGCAGAGCCAACACUAGUCCUAACAACAACCACCACCACCCAUCAUCAUCCUCUAAGCGUUACUCCAAAUCAGACAUCAGAAGACCCAGGAACCGCACCUACAGCACCAGCUCUGCCAGCAGUGGCACCAGUCUGGACGGACCUGGACUGGGACAGGGAGGGGGUUUGGGGGAGGACAGGGCCCGACGAGACCGGUUGGGGCGCAGGGAGCGAGAGAGAGGGGAGGGAGGAGGAGGUCAGCUCCAGAACAGGAGGAGAAGCACUAGAGACUCCUCUACUGACUCACUGGAAGAGAGCAAGGUGGGAGAAUGGAUGGAUGAGAGGAGGAGAAGGAGGAGAGACGGAGGAGAGGAGGACUGGAGCCCGGAGAGGAGGAAGAGGGGGGAGGAGAGCAGAGGGACAGGAGGGAGGCACAGAGGAGGAGGAGGGAGAGGAGGUCUCCUGAGAAUAUCUCACAGUGACAGACAGUCAGGCUCCUCCCAGGCUACCUCAGGCCCUGGCGAGGACCCCCAGGGGCGACGCAGACAGGGCACUGGGCCUCGCAGCAGGGGGAGGGGCAUCCUCAUCCUCCCUGCCCACACCAACCUCUCCAAUUUGCCGGCGGAGCCCGGGCCGAGGCUUCUGUUUGGUGGGAUCCGUGGAGGAAGAGAUGCGGGGCUAGGGAGAGGAGGAGGAAGGGGCGGAGGAACUAGGCGUCUCUGGGACCCAAACAACCCCGACCAGAAACCCGCCCUCGGGCUCUCCCAGCAUGCAUCGCUCCAGCAGCAGCCCAUGUACCUGCAGACAGGCGUUGGUUACGGAGCGCUGCACUUCCUGGAUACAGAUGACGAGGCUGCAGGGAGUCCCCCGGUCCUCCAGGGGCAGCACUUCCACCUCCAGCAGCAGGCUGCAGCCAGGGCCCAGGCCUUCUACAAGUACCAGAACUCUGACAACCCUUACAACGCCAACCCUAACCCCAACACACGCUACCCCUACCCUUACCACACUAUGCCCGCCGGCCCUUACCAGAUCCCCCCCUCUAACGACAUGUACCACCCGGGUCAGUUCUACGGGGGGUACAGGGGCCAGGGGUACCUGGAUGGACCCGAGGCUGUAGCAGGGGGUGGAUCCGGAGCGGGUGUAACCCCUGAGGAGGCUGGGCAACAUGCCAGAGGAGAGCUGGGGAGACUGCUGAGAGCUGCAGACAGUCAGGAGUUACAGCUCACCAACCUGUUGUCUCGAGACAGACUCAGUGCUGAUGGACUGGACCGCAUGGCUCAGCUCAGAGCUGACCUGUUGACCCUGUACGAGCGUGUGAUCCUAACAGACAUAGAGUUCAGUGACAGCCAGAACCUGGACCAGGCUCUAUGGAAGAACGUGUUCUACCAGGUUAUAGAGCGCUUCAGACAGCUCCUCAAAGACCCCAGUGGAGACUCAGCUCCGCGCAUCACCACCAUGCUACUGACACUGCUGGACGAGGGGGCAGUAUUCUUUGAUGCGCUGCUGCAGAAGCUUCAGAUGGUGUUUCAGUUUAAGCUGGAGGAUUACAUGGACGGCAUGGCCAUCAGACCACGACCACUACGCAAAACGGUGAGGUAUGCUCUGAUCAGUGCUCAGCGGUGUUUGAUCUGUCAGGGGGACAUCGCCCGUUACCGGGAGCAGGCCAGCGACUCGGCUAACUACGGCAAGGCUCGCAGUUGGUACCUGAAGGCCCAGCAGAUUGCUCCUAAGAACGGACGACCCUACAACCAGCUGGCCCUCCUGGCUGUCUACACGAAGAGGAAGUUGGAUGCAGUGUAUUAUUACAUGCGUAGCCUGGCGGCCUCCAAUCCAAUCCUCACUGCCAAGGAGAGCCUCAUGAGUCUGUUUGAAGAGGCCAAACGCAAGGCAGACCAGAUGGGGCGGAGGCAGGAGUCAGAAGGGGGUUCCAGGGGCCCGGGGGUCCAGGGUGGAGGAAGAGGACGGGGGGAGCCGGGGGCCAGAGUAGAGAUCUGGCUUCGCCCUGUCGUCCAGGCAGGGGCUCUCUCAUCGCACCGCGGGGGCAGCGAGUCCAGCAGAGACUCUGAACAGGACGGAGAGCUCGGCAACCUCAGCGCUAGUGAUCUCAAUAAGAGGUUCAUACUCAGCUUCCUCCACGCUCAUGGAAAACUCUUCACUAAAGUGGGCAUGGAGUCGUUCCCAGAGGUGGUCAGUCGUGUUCUCCAGGAGUUCAGAGUGCUGAUCCAACACAGCCCCUCCCCCCUGGGCAGCACACGCAUGUUACAGAUCAUCACCAUCAACAUGUUCACUAUACACAACGCUCAGAGCAGAGGAGGAGAUGGUGAGGUGAGGUCUGUUUUACAGGAGCAGACUACAGCUCUGGGUUUGGCCAUGUUCUCUCUGCUGGUCCAGCGCUGCACAGAACUACUGAGAGACACACCUGCAGAGUCCAUCCCCGAGGAGGAGAGAGAAGAUGGGGAUGAGUGGGAGGAGGGGAUGGUGAGAGUUUCUGCCUUCCCAUUGGACCUGAGGGAGCUGCUGCCCAGCGUUAAAGUCUGGUCUGAUUGGAUGCUUGGACACCCCGACCAAUGGAAUCCUCCGCCUUGUAGUAUAGAUGGUUGUAGCUCUGGUGUGUGGCGUAGCUUGGCCGACCUGUGUAAUGCGUUGGCUCGUGUCGACCACGGGGAAGCGCCGCUGUACAAGGCAGACGGGGACGGAGGCGAGGGGGAUGAGGAGCUCCGCCUGCUGCUAUUGGAGGAAGACAGGCUACUGGCCGGCUUCGUCCCGCUGCUCGCCGCCCCACAGGAACCCUGCUACAUAGAACUCACCAGGGAUACCGCAAUAGCAGCAGACUGUAAAAGGGUAACAGUGUUGAAGUAUUUCCUGGAGGCUCUGUGUGGACAGGAACAACCUCUUCUGGCCUUCAAGGGAGGGAAGUAUGUCUCCAUGGCAACCUCUCCCCAACCCAGCAGCCCUGGCGACGCUCACAGUCGACACGACUCACUGACCGAGAGAGAGAGCGAUGACGUCAUCGUGGAGGCGGAGUCGUCUGUUUCCGAGGGGGAUGAGGGCGGGGGCAGCGAAGAUGACAUCAGAGAGCUCCGGGCCAGACGCAGCGCCCUCACUAACAGACUGGCUCAGCAGCAACGACGCAGGGACAAGAUACAGGCGGUGUUACAGACGUGUGGUCAGUUGGAGUUAGAGGUACGUCCUCUUUUCCUGGUUCCAGACACCAAUGGCUUCAUCGACCACCUGACCGGCCUCAAGACGCUACUGCAGUCUGGGACUUACAUACUGGUGGUGCCCCUCAUAGUGAUAACAGAGUUGGAUGGUCUGGCGAAGGGUCAGGAGAGCUGCGGAGGAUCUGGCGGUGGUCAUGGCGGCGGUGGUUCCCGUGGUAACCCUGGCGCAACUCAUGCGCGGGCGGUCCAGGAGAAGGCCAAGGUUGCCGUGGCGUUUCUGGAGCGAGGGUUUGAGGCCAGAGAGCCCUGUCUCAGAGCGCUGACCAGCAGAGGAAGUCAACUGGAGUCUAUCGCCUUCCGCAGUGAAGACACCUCCGGACAACAGGGGAACAAUGAUGAUGUAAUCUUGUCCUGCUGUCUCCACUACUGCAAAGACAAGGCUAAGGACUUCAUGCCUGCAAAGAGAGACGGUCCGGUGCGGUUGCGUCGGGAGGUGGUUCUUCUGACAGAUGACCGUAACCUGCGGGUCAAAGCCCUGACCAGGAAUGUGCCGGUCAGAGACAUCCCCGCAUUCCUCACCUGGGCCAAAGUGGGCUGAACUGGGUCACACCUUAGACCACGCCCAGAGCACCCAAACAACCAAUCAACUGCUGAGAACCGCUGGCCACCUCCCAUACCAUCGGAGUGGAGGAGGAGCCUGUAAGCUAAUGCAGAAGUGAAGACUGAUGGAGAGAAGGAGAAGAAAGCUUUUUUUGUGGAAAAAUGAAAUAUGGAAACUAAAAAGCAUUUUUUGUUGUUGUGUGGAAUGAGUUGAAAUAGGCUAAAAUCUUUUUACCCUCUCAUUGUGAUGAGGUGUGUGUGUUUGCUGCUGAGCUCAGGGAGCGGGAGGGAGGAGAGGAGCAGGGAGAGUUUUAAGAGAUGCAGGAAGGCUGGCCCAUGAAGAGAUGUAGAAGACAGAAGGAGAAGAGGUAUUUGUGUUCAUUUCUGGUUUCUUCGGUCCAGCCAGGCUACAGACCCUGGAAUCGAACCAGGGUCUGUAGUGAAGCCUCUAGCACUGAGAUGCAGUGCUAUAGACCGCUGCACCACUCAGGGGAGUGGCAGGGGAGCCAGGUUGUAGUAUCGGGGUACCAGCCAGGUUGUAGUAUCGGGGUACCAGCCAGGUUGUAGUAUCAGGGUACCAGCCAGGUUGUAGUAUCAGGGUACCAGCCAGGUUGUAGUAUCAGGGUACCAGCCAGGUUGUAGUAUCAGGGUACCAGCCAGGUUGUAGUAUCAGGGUACCAGCCAGGUUGUAGUAUCAGGGUACCAGCCAGGUUGUAGUAUCAGGGUACCAGCCAGGUUGUAGUAUCAGGGUACCAGCCAGGUUGUAGUAUCAGGGUACCAGCCAGGUUGUAGUAUCAGGGUACCAGCCAGGUUGUAGUAUCAGAGUACCAGCCAGGUUGUAGUAUCGGGGUACCAGCCAGGUUGUAGUAUCAGGGUACCAUCCAGGUACCUUCAUCUACCCACCCUCCUCCAGGUCCCCGUGACCCCGAACCACAUUCUCAGCCUCUGAUGAUCCGGAAGUGGUCCGUUUCAGUUCCUGUAAAACCAUGAAGUGAUUUUCAUCCCAGUUGCCCAGCAGCUUGUGGGAGUCUUUCCCAAGGCUGAGAGUCUUUCCCAAGGCUGAGAGUCUUUCCCAAGGCUGAGAGUCUUUCCCAAGGCUGAGAGUCUUUCCCAAGGCUGAGAGUCUUUCCCAAGGCUUCUGUAAAGGAACAGCUUUAAAGACAAAAAGACAAAGAAAAAAUACUUGGUAUUUUUUAGCAUUUUGUGGGAGUGUGUUGUUUCUGAGUUGGUUGGUGUAUCCAUUGGGAGUGUGUGAUGUUUAUGCUCUACAGAAGAGCUUUUCUGUCAGCAGACGUUCCCUUUUAGUUUGUUUUUAAUCCUUUCAAAAUAUUAUAAUAAGAUUGAACGUUAGUUUUAGGUCAUUGUAUGUUUUUUGUUUUCCUUUGUUUUUAUCACCACCUCUGGGUAACUCGUUCAGCUUCUAUAAAUGAUAUAUCUAUGUUCGUUCUAAGUGCAGAACUUUGUGCUGGCUAAGACCCGGGCUGCGUCCCAAAAUGGUACCCUGUGGGCCCUGGUCAAAAGUUGUGUACUAAGCCUAUAAGGGACAGGGUGCCAAUAGGCUGCCAAUAGGGUGCCCUACACUGAUCAGAUAAUUAACAAUGGAAUUAGCUUUUGUAGCACCUCAGUGUGCACACGUUAACAAGCGGGUAUGAUACGUGUGUGUUUACCACAAACGUGCGUGUCAGAGUGCACACUAUUCUGCACUGCGUCAAGACAGACGGGGGAGUCUUUUCACAACCAUAAAAUGUCCCACACAAUAUAAACAAAGAUGACAUCAGCGAACGACGUACCAGACGUACCAUGUUUGAUCAGCAUGCUAUAAUGGUUUACUAUGCAUGCUGACGUUAAACGUGUUACCAGUCCUAAUCUGUCCUCCAGACGUACCAUGUUUGAUCAGCAUGCUAUAAUGGUUUACUAUGCAUGCUGACGUUAAACGUGUUACCAGUCCUAAUCUGUCCUCCAGACGGCACGAGGUAGUUGGUUUAUUAUCCGUCUAUGACAGUAACACACACAGUUGAGUAAUUUCACAAAGCAUUAAACAUCAGUCUUGUAAGCUCAGGUCUAUGAACAACUAUAGAUAGAUUUGGUAUAAAUGAGUUGAUACUCUCAAAUCAUUUGAUCUUUACUUUUGUGUGUUGUGUAUUUGCCAAAACCAUAGCUAGUUAACUUGUUGAUCCCACUUGUUUAGGAAUCUUUGAGUGGGUCCCAAUAAUCUCUCCUUUCUCCCAAAGUGUGCACUUGUUCCCUUUUUGUGGGAGGGAUUGGUGAUCGAGUGCGCACUUCAGGAGGAAGGAGAGAUUCCCGGGACGCUCCCUCCGCCUACUCUCACUGUUCUGUCUAUAUGCUGGACCCCAGGCCUGUACUAUCCAUCACAAGGCUUUUUCAUUCUUUUCCAUGAGUUUGAUUAAAUGAUUUGUUUUGAUUCAAA